GGCGCCGCCGGAGCCGGGGCGGGGAGCGGCGGCGGGGGCCGCGCUGGGGCUGCCGGAGAGGAUGAGCCGCCCGGGUAAAAAUAACCCGGGGCAUCGCCCCCCGCCCCGCCGCCCCUCCCCUGCCCCGCGCUGCCCGCUGGGCCCGGCGGCGCCCGCCGCAAUUCCGACUGCGCCACAAGCCGCGCGGCCCCGCCGCCAGGCCACGCCCCUCCGCGGGAGCGCGCGGCGAAGCGCUGAGGCGCUUCUGGAAGCUGCUGGGGGCGGGGCGGGGCAGCGCCGUGUUUACCUCGGGGCCCGCGCACGUUGGAAUGCGGGGGGCGGGGCUCGGCUGGGCACCGCCCCGCGGCGGAAGGGGACCCGGGGUAAUGAGCGGCGGUGGGACCGCGCGGAGAUUUCCUUUGGAAAAUGUGGAUGUUACAGAAACUCCAGGCCUUGCAUUUCAGAUGAUUUAAAAACAGGAUAUCACAGUAGAGAUCAUGCAACACAAACAGAUAUCAAAGAAAUACCAGAAUUAAAUGAAUUAGCAAUUGCUACACAAGCUUUAAUCAAGCUCACUCAUUCCCUCCAGAAAGAUUUGUUCAUCUACAAAAGCGCCAUUCAAGCACAAUAUGAAGAAAAAAUUGAAGAGCAAGCUUCAAAUCUCCAUCAAUAUGUAAAUGAUAGACUGACAGACAUUGAGACUUUUCAUAAACGGAAAGAAGUCCAAAUUCGACAAAGCUACCAACAGCAGUUAUGUGAUGCACUGGCUGUUCUCAGAGCAAAUAUUCAGAAGUAUUACAACAUAGAUAUAGAAGAUGGAGAAUGUUCACCAGGAAAACUUUUGAGGUUUUUACGUAACAAACUGCAUGAGAAAGAGUCCAUAAUUGAAGAUCUGAAAAGAAAAAUGCGUGAAUAUCAAGAAAAUGAAAGGACUAAAAUGGUUGCCUUUGAAGACGAUGACCGUGGAAACAAAAAGCUUGAAAAAGAGAAUGAAGAGUUCAAAGAAGAGGUUUUCAAACUACACAGUGAGAUUGCUCGUCUUGAAAAUUCUCUGCGGUACUCUGAAAAAGAAAAAGAUGCAUUAGAUAGGCAAGUUCAAAGAAUGCAAUUAAAAAUUGAAAGUGAUGAGCAAACUAUUCGAAAGUUGGUUGAAUUUCAAGAACAGGUGAAGGCAGAAUUUGAAAAUCGAAGAUCAUUAGAUAAAAAUCUGAUAACAAAUGUAGCACCUGAGCAGCAAUCUGCUGAAAGGACCCUGACUGCUGAAAAUGGGAAACUGAAGAAAUGUGAAGAUCAAGAAAGGCAAACCAGAGCAAGAAAGAAGACUGAGCAAAGUCAUACAAUAUGGAAAAAGAAAUUCCAGAUUGUACGAAACAGUCUGCACGCGAUUAAGGACGAGAUGUUUCUUAGGCAAACUCUGCAACGCCAGUUACUAGCACUUAAAUGUACAUCUCCUAGGGAAACAAUGGUUUGCCCUGUUUGUAUUGAAAAUGUUAUAAAAGGUACAAACAGAUUCAAAGCUGGCUUACAUUCACUUUCAACUUUGGACCAAGAUUAAAAAUACUGCUGUGCUGUAUUGCUUUUUCAUGCUGUUUGUUGAUUGUUAAUAGAAGAAGCCACACAGUAAUUCAGUUUGAUUCUUUCAGCACAAGCAGAGUGCAAUCUUCUAGCAGCCUGGCCUACAUGAAGUCGUUCUCUUACCAGGUUGCCCAAAUGGAUGUGGGCAAAUAUAGUCCAUAUGGACGUUUUUUUGUGGCAAGCUCUGUCUGCUGUCUGUCAUUUCCCCUGAAAAUAAUUGCUGCUGGCAUUUUAAUAAGUGCUGAUCUUUGCAGAAAAGAGAGACCCAAGAAAUUCAAUCUACGUCAUAGCCCGCUGCCAGCUCCCCUGGCCUACAGCUACUUGGGGCCGUGCCCUCCCCUCACCUUCAGCACCACGGACAGGUGCCGCGCCCCGCUCCGCGCU